AUGGCGUUUUACACGGACAGUGACCCGGUUAUAUGCAGAGCAUUCUCCUUGUCACUCAAGGACGAGGCAUUAGAGUGGCAAUACGCCUCCAAUCAGAAACAGGAGAUAACACCGGCGGAAUUGGUAAACACCAAGCAGGAAAAGGACGAAACCUUGAAAGCCUUUAUGAAAAGAUAUAAUGAAGUCGCACGACGAGUUAAAGAUGUUAAUCACACUUUUAACAUCGGCAAUCUGCCUUCAUGCCUAAGGCUAGGAUAUUUUGCUGAGAAAUUGUAUGCGCGACCACCAAAAAUGAUGGAAGAGCUCCAAGAAAGAGUGGUUGAAUUCAUCUCCAUGGAGGAUAUGCGAAUCUCACAAAGAAAGAAACAACAAGAAGUCUAUGCAGGUGGAAACAAGAAAGAAAGCAGGCAGACAUUCAACAGUAGUGACAACAACGGAGGUACGUUUCACAAGGAUUUCGUCCGAACAACCAGGUAUAAUCAUUACACUCCCCUCAACACACCCAGGGUAAAGGUUCUUGAGGAAGCUCUAAAUACUGAACUUCUUACAAUUCGGAAAAAGUCUUCUCCAAAAGACAUUGACAAAAGGAAAAGCUGCCGGUUUCAUCUAAACCGAGGACAUACUACAGAGGAAUGUGAUGCAUUAAAAGAUGUGAUAGAAAGGCUCAUCCGAGGAGGCCAUCUGCAGAAAUUUGUAGGGGCAAAGAAAAAGUCCUAUCAAAGAAAAUUCUCAACACAGAGAAAUCGAACGGUCAUAUCAAAGGGCCGAACGAAGACACAUGCGAAGUCAUAG